UUUCCUUCGUGUCAAUUUUUUCUGAUUAUUUUGGGUUGGUCGUCGUCGUUGGUUAAUUUCUGAUCGUUUAAAAAAUAUUAAGGGGAAUACAAGCUAAUUAGAAAAUGUUGUAGACAAAACUUAUAAUUCCCAAAAGUGAAUCAGUACGAAACUAAUAUAAAAUACCAAAAUAAAGGAUUAGGAAGAAAUGAGGAAAAAUAAAGACUAUUUAAUUUAAAGCGGUAAGGUGUAAUUGCGAUAUUUCUGGGAAUUUGGCAGCACAUUUUCAUAGUGGGGUCAGCAAUUAGAUGACAAAGCAGGAUAACCUCAUAUAAGAAGCAGAACCACCAACAUAAAUCCAACCACUAGAGGCUGUUUCAGUAAAACAGAUACACCGAUGAACAACCUUUCCACCAGCGGAGCCGCAACUACUGCCACACCCUCGUCAGAUGAGGCUGGAGGUGGUGGUGGCGAUGCAGAUGCAAGCUCACGGCGCCAAGCCACUAGAGUAUUUAAAAAAAGCUCUUCUAAUGGCAAGAUCACAGUUUACCUGGGGAAACGUGAUUUCGUCGAUCACAUUACACAUGUUGAUCCCAUCGACGGAGUGGUUUUUAUAGACCCAGAGUAUGUGAAAGAUCGUAAAGUGUUUGGACAAGUUCUUGCCGCUUUUAGAUAUGGACGCGAGGAUUUAGAUGUGCUGGGCCUGACGUUUCGCAAGGAUUUAUAUCUAGCGCAUGAACAAAUAUAUCCGCCACAACAAACCGAGAGGCCAUUGACAAGAUUGCAGGAGCGGCUCAUAAAAAAAUUAGGACCGAAUGCAUAUCCAUUUUACUUUGAGGUUCCUCCGUAUUGCCCGGCAUCAGUGUCACUGCAGCCAGCUCCUGGUGACACGGGUAAAUCAUGUGGCGUCGACUAUGAAUUAAAGGCCUUUGUUGGCGAACACAUCGAUGAUAAGCCCCACAAGCGCAAUUCAGUCCGCUUGACCAUACGUAAAGUUAUGUACGCACCGUCCAAGGUGGGCGAGCAGCCAUCCAUCGAAGUGAGCAAGGAAUUCAUGAUGAAACCGAAUAAAAUCCACCUAGAAGCCAGUUUGGACAAAGAAUUGUACCACCAUGGUGAGAAAAUUUCCAUUAACGUACACGUUGCCAACAAUUCAAAUCGCACCGUCAAGAAGAUCAAAGUGUGUGUGCGUCAAUUCGCCGACAUUUGCCUUUUUUCGACGGCGCAAUAUAAAUCGGUAGUGGCGGAAACUGAAUCGGAAGAUGGCUGCCAGGUAUUGCCUGGUUUUACGCUUUCCAAAGUAUUUGAACUAUGUCCACUGCUCGCCGACAACAAGGACAAGUGGGGACUCGCGCUCGACGGCCAGUUGAAGCACGAAGAUACAAAUUUAGCGUCCAGCACGCUCAUAACGAAUCAGGCACAACGCGAAAGUCUUGGUAUCAUUGUUCACUAUAAGGUGAAAGUUAAGCUGUUGAUCAGCGGUCCACUACUAGGUGGCGAUUUAGUUGCCGAAUUGCCGUUCACGUUGAUGCAUCCAAAACCAGAGGAGGAAGAUAAUCCACUGCUAAUGGAUAAAUCGCCACGUCAGAGCAUACGUGACGCUGGGUUAUCUUUGGAUGGUGGCAGUUGCGACGGUGGGGCGGGAGAAGCACAGCAUGCCGAGGUGCCCACCACGAAUUUGAUACAAUUGGAUGAGGAUGAUGCGCAAGACGAUGACAUAAUCUUUGAAGAUUUCGCACGACUCCGUCUAAAAGGCGCCGAAACUGAAGCCUAGACAAUGAGUCCACUCUUGUGGCGUUGCGUUGAUUCGUUGACAUUGGCCAUUUAAAACGCUAGAAAAUAUCACAACGUAAAUUUGUUUGUAAGACGUAAUUUGACUAUGUGUGAAUAGACGUGAAAUUAGGACUACUUUUCUAAAUUUUGCAUUACAUUCUUGUUAUUCGCUAUUUUUUUAAUUUUUUGUUUUUAAUUUUAUUAAUGUCUUGCAAAUUAGAAAUCAAUGUUUAAAUUUGUGGUGCAAAAAUAUAAGUGAAUAUACACGGAAACAAGUUAAAUAAUCGUUAGAAACUAAGUUUUGUAUCUAAGUUGGAAAAGUAAUAAUUGUGCGAAUUGGAUGUUUAACAUCUUUCGUUAAUGAAAGAACUGGGGCUGCUAUGUUAUUACUACUGCUAAUACUAAACUAAAAGCUGGCUAAAUUUGAGCACUUGAUUUGCAAAUAUAAAGAAAUUGAACGAAAAACGAAACUGUCAUCGCGCAAAAACAGAAAAUAUGCAUUUUUAUUGUAUUUAGUAUUUUCUAAUUUCUUAUAAUUGUAUGAAACUUUAUUUUAAAACUAUUACGAACAUGCAUAUACAAUAAUAUAGAAUUUGACUUUUUAUAUAAAAGAUACAGAAGUUUGCAAUUUUAUAAAAUAUUUCUAUUUUUUUGGUUAUUUUUCUUUUCAUAUUUCAUUUAUUUCGACCGACUUGUUUAAACUACAUACAUAUAUAUUUAUUUAAUAAGUUAAAAUCAAAGAUACUACAUAUUAAUGUUAGUAUGUCGCAGCAACAAUAUAAGCUUUAAUUGUAAAAAAAAAAUUUAUACCUGUUGAAGGAUUGAGAAUGGAACAAAAGGAAAAUUAAAAAUAGAAACGAAAUAAACAAACAAACGUUGCAUUUUAACAUACAUACAUACAAAUAAGCUCGCUUGCGAAUCCGAAAAUUUUUUAUUUAAAUUAUAGGUACAAUGAUUGCGCUUAUCUAAUUGUAAACUCUUAAAUUGUAAAUUGUAAAAUAAAUAUUUGAUUUUAUGUCACAAUGCACUGCACAUGCACACACAAAAUACCAUACA